ACUCACAAAGAUGGAGGCCAGCAGCUUACCCUGGAAUACAGCGAACUGAGGUCCAUCAGCCCAGCAAAGUCCACUCUCCAUGCUAGUCUCGGCAUCAACGACUACAAGAACCGAUAUGUCAACAUCCUACCUUUUGACGACACCCGUGUAAUACUGAAUGAGUACAGGGGAAUCCCCGGCAGUGACUACAUCAAUGCCUCUUACAUACACGGAUACACUAAGCCAAAGGAGUUUAUAGCUAGCCAAGGACCCAAGGAAGAACUGAAGGAUGACUUUUGGAGGCUGGUGUGGGAGAAGAACGUACACGUCAUCGUUAUGGUCACCCAGUGUGUGGAGGCUAACAAGGAGAAAUGUUGCACGUACUGGCCCUCCCCAUCAAACGUGCAAGGCUGGCGUCUCGGGUUUCCGAAGCUUCACGUCCGAACGGUACUUGAAGUGAACCAUCAACCAGGCGGAUACAUCACCAGGAAAUUUGAGCUGUCCAAGGGUUCGCGCAGCCGUGUCAUCCAGCACUUCCACUAUGUCUCUUGGCCUGACAUGGGCUGCCCUCAGACCCCAGAUCAGCUGAUUCAGUUCGUCAAGGUCGUGAGAGCCGCCAUCCCUAAGGAGAGCUCACACACGCUCAUCCACUGCAGUGCCGGCGUGGGUCGUACGGGCACAUUCAUAGCUCUGAGCAAUCUCAUGGACGAGAUGGAGUGCGAGGGGAGUGUGGACGUGUUCCAUUGCGUGUACAGAAUGCGCCAUCACAGGACCAACAUGGUGCAGACGCAGUCGCAGUAUUCUUUUGUCUACAAAUGCAUUUUGAAGCACUACCUAGACUCCAUAGGCGAAAGUGACAAAUACUGCUUAGAAGAUUCCGAAUCGGCCAGUUUGACAACCAACGUGAGCGUGGUUCAAGACAAUCCCUAUUUUAUGGAAGAAUACAGAGAGGAUGAAGGACUCAUUCCACUCUCCGAUGACGAAGACGAGGAGAAUGACGAGGACAAGAAGAAAGUACGAAACGAAGACAAAGCCGAAGUCAACGGAAACGAACUUCACGGCGAGGAAACAGUUGCUCUGAUCGACAAAACACAAGAUGUCGGCGUGAAAGCAAAUGGAGUGAUAAAGCACGAGGAGAAGAGUAGUGACGGUGAAUGGGAGGAUAUCAAUAUAGAGGCAAACGAAAAUAAUGAGGAAAAAGGAGACAACAAACAGUCUAAUGGAAAUUAGAAUUCUGAUAAGUUACUGUGCAGUUAAAGAGUUUUAAUUUUCGUUUAAGAACUAGUCCUUUGUUCAUGCUCCUUGGGUGUGACUUACAGAAAUUUGUAGUAUAAAGAAAAAAAAAA